AUGAAGAUCAUUAUCUUUAUAACAGCAUUACUUUUAUUGUUAUUGGGUGUUGUCAAUGGUGACACAUUACAAGUCGAGGUAGACGAGUCAUACCAACCACUCACAGCACCAGAUACAUUUGUCGUAGCAUUCACCACUACCAAGGGUAGUUUUAGUGCCACCUUUAAUAGAUCAUGGGCUCCUUAUGGAGUUGAUCAUUUCUAUACUCUUAUUCAAGCUGGUUAUUACAAUGACAAUGCAUUCUUCCGUGUCAUUGAUCAACCAAGACCAUUCGUUGCACAAUGGGGUAUUGCAAGUGACCCUGCUGUAUCACAAAAGUGGAACAUCACCAUCCCAGAAGACUCGAUUGUCGGCAUAUCAAAUGUAGCUGCAACAAUCACCUAUGCCGCUGAAAUGAACAGUCAAGGUUUGGCAUGUUGCAGAACCACCCAACUCUUUAUCAACUAUGGUGACAAUAGUUUCUUGGAUCCAGAAGGGUUCAUUCCAAUUGGUAUGAUUACCUCUGGCUUUAACAAUGUCUUACAAUUCUACUCUGGCUAUGGCGAGAACGUCGACCAAGGAUUACUAUACAGUCAAGGUGCUGCCUAUCUCAAGAACUUCCCAAGUCUUGAUUAUCUCCAAUCUGCUACUCUAUCAAACUAA